GGGGCGGGUCGUGGGGGCCCUCUCCCGCGAGCACGGCCGCGGCGCCGCGCUCCUCGCAGGCGGCUCUUGCGCGGCGCCGGAGAGGGCUCCUGCAGGGACCGCAGGAUUCGCUGCCAUCCGUGGCUUUUCAGCCGUGGGCCAAAUGUAUUGCAUCAAGACAGCAGUGCACCGCAAGCUACCUUCUUUUCACCUCUUCAAAAUGUGAUGUUGCCACCAAAUACCUUUCAAGGGAAAGUGGCUUUUAUAACUGGUGGAGGUACUGGAAUUGGCAAAGGGAUGACAACAGCUCUCUCCAGUUUAGGUGCCAAGUGUGUUAUAGCAAGCCGCAAUCUUGAUGUUUUGAAAGGAACAGCAGAAGAAAUUUCUUCUAAAACCGGGAAUAAGGUUUAUGCAAUCCGGUGUGAUGUGAGAGAUCCAGUUUCAGUUAAGAAUACUGUUGCUGAAUUAAUCCAAGUGGCAGGACAUCCUGAUGUUGUGAUAAACAAUGCAGCUGGAAACUUUAUUUCUCCUUCUGAACGACUUUCUGCUAAUGCAUGGAAAGCAAUAACUGAUAUUGUGCUUAACGGUACUGCCUUUGUAACUCUGGAAAUUGGAAAGGAACUCAUUAAAGUACAAAAAGGAGCAGCAUUCCUGGCUAUUACGACAAUUUACGCAGAGAGUGGUUCUGGAUUUGUGGUGCCAAGUGCCUCUGCCAAAGCUGGUGUAGAAGCAAUGAGCAAGUCUCUUGCGGCUGAGUGGGGUAGAUAUGGCAUGAGAUUCAAUGUGAUUCAACCAGGUCCAAUAAAAACAAAGGGUGCUUUUAGCCGUCUUGACCCAACAGGCACAUAUGUGAACAGUUUUAUAGAAAGGAUUCCCUGUGGCCGCCUGGGAACUGUAGAAGAAAUUGCAAAUCUGGCUAUCUAUUUCUGCAGUGACUAUGCAAGCUGGGUUAAUGGAGCAGUUAUUAGAAUGGAUGGUGGAGAAUUUGUUGCUAUGGCAGGAGAAUUCAAUGACUUGAGGAAGGUUACCAAAGAGCAAUGGGAUGUGAUGGAAGCAAUGAUCAGGAAAACAAAGGGUUCGUAAAGUACUCAUCUUACUGUAGUCCUGGUGAUGUUUUUUUGGAAAUGAACCACUAAAUCCAUGAAUAUUUAGAAAUAACCUGUUAAUGAAUAGCCUUCAAAACAUUUUAUAUGCUGAUUUCAAUAAAGUAUUCUGAAAUUGUAA